AUGGCAGGAAAGCCUUUGUACCCCCAGGCACAUCAGCAGGGCGGUCAGCAGGGCGGCUAUUCUGAUGGCCUCAUACCGACCGAGAACAGCUACCCCGAGGUGGUCACGUACCAGACAGAACCGAAGCCGGCAGGCCAGCAAAUCCACUCCCUUGCGCCGUCCUCUCCGCCGGGAUGGAGCCGCCACCAUCAGGUCAACGUGCCGCCGUACCAGUCGCAAUUCGCGCCAAGCGAGCCCAUGACAGACCCCCCCGGAAACUACCGGCCUUGGUGGAAGCGCAAAAUCACGUGGUUUGCCAUCGUCGGGGUCCUUGUAAUCGCGGUGCUUGCCGGGAUAUUGGGGGCAGUGGCGUCGGGGAGCAUCAAGACAUCGGGCAACUCGAGCGGCGGUUGCCAGUCCGCAGGCAACUGGAACAGGAGCGACGACGGCGUCCCUCCCGAGCACGACGUCGAGUUCGGCGACGGCAGCAGCGACGGCGAGUACGGGGACUUCCUCGACAGGGACGGCAACGAGCAGCACGAAGGCGGCGACAACGAGUCGGACCUGGGCGACGUGACGCUCGAGUGCCCGGGCGCCGAGGGGCUCAACUUCACCACCUCGACGGCGGUGCGCGGGACGCUGACCUUUGCGCGGUACUGCGACGUCAACUACGCGUUCGGCGACCAGACGGCGCCGUUCGGCAAGACCAACGAGACCAUCUUCAACAUGCCCGACUGCAUCAAGGCCUGCGCGAACCUCGACGGCUGCGUCGCCGUCGCCUUCAACCCCGGCCCGCAGUGCUGGCUGAAGCAGUUCCUGGGCAGCAAGUCGUCGUCGAAGGGCACCGAGAUGGCCAUCCUCUUCCAGUGA